CGCCGCUGUUCCCGUUACGAUACCCAGGGCUCCGUCUGUGCUUUCCACCCCACCCCUGACCCCCGACGACGGCAGUGUUUGUAGCGCCAGCGGGUCAGACAUUGACGCCGACCAGAAGGAUGCGCUGGACUUUGUUAUGACGAUCUUUCCAUUCCAGGGAUUGAAGGCCUUGCCCUACGCUAAACGUGUUACCAUCACCGCCUCAAGUCUGGGCCCAAAUUUUAGCGGCAUGGUAUUGGAGUUGCCGGGCAAGCCGAGAACCUUGUAUGUCGAUGGCAAGAGCGCACAGUCUGUUAGUCUUCGAGAGAGCGUCGUUGCCCUUUUGGAUCUUGCCGAUGAGCAAUUGGCAUGCUCUGCCCUUAUCAUCGUUUUGGAAAGGUCUUCGCCUACCUUGAGUCAGCUCCUCCAUUCUCUCAUGUACGCUGGGGGAUCUGUGGUGACCAAACCUCCAUUCGACGUUGAUCCUGCUUUUGUCUUGGUGGGCCUGGAGAUUUAGACGCCGUGGAUGGACUAUCGUCUUUUGCUCAAGUUUUUGUACCUGUUUCGCAUUUUCAAAAAGCGCGCGCACUAUCACCAUGUUUAU